ACACGAGAACAAGGACAUCAUCUGCUUCUUUCUUUUUUUUUUUUUUUUUUAGUUCAUUAACCUCAACUUCUUCAUAGCGCGGCGCGUCGGUCGCUUCUCACGAGAUGCUUUAAAUAGAUUUCAGACACAUUUUCAUAGACAUCUGCGGGUUUUGCUUUUUCCCUCGCGCGUUUCUGAAUACAUCACACGCUGAGCGAUAGAUACACGCAGGUUCAUUUGAGCGUAGUCUUCAUUUGGCGAUUUUUAUUUCCACUCGUUUUGCAAAUCCGACCCACAUAUGGACAUACGGGGGAAUCUGUUCUGUUUUAAACCUCUCGACAUGAGAUGAAACCCGGAGGAGAUGUUAUGUUCACUAAAUAACGAGAAGAAGAGGACGCGCUAUUUGGGCACAUGAACUGAACGCACAUCACAUGCGCGGAAUAUAAAGAGGCCAAUCGACACUGGUUAUGGUUUUUCUUUAUCAUCCUUUCAUUUCAGGGUUGCUCAGAAUGCUUGAAUUGUAAGCCAUCAGGUUAAAUUUAUAAUAUAGCAUCUGUUAAAGCAGGCAUGCUGAUUCAUAUAUUGUGCAAUGGAUUUUGUAACCACACAGUAAGGGAAGUGUUUGGUGAAUUUAAGGUUAUAUACAGAGCAGGUUUCUUGUUAUGGGAUGUUUAAGCAAAUGAUGGUGGCACUCUAAAGCCAAUUAACACCCAAAUGGAUAACAUUGGCAUACAUGCAGUAUAGGAUAUAAAAUAAUCUCUUUUCUCUUGGCAUUAGAGUUAAUGUUGGAAUCUGUUUGUAUUGGUAUAAUUUGUUAAUUGGCAUUAGUAGUUUAUAAGUCUUAAUUUAGAAGACAAGACAAGACGGGGUACUUCAGAGACCAUAAUCAGCUUAAGGUUUACGGCUGCUGUAGUUGGUGGCACUUCUGCAUCGUGCAUCUCCAUUGCUUUCCAGUCCCGAAGUGGUUUGUUAUUACAGUGCUUCUAAUAUAAUGGACCCCGAUCAUGAUGGUUCCUCCAGCGAUGGCAUGGAGAUGGAGACCAUGCCUGGCUAUAUGGAGCUCGUCACUAGAGCAUAUUCAGUCAUGUUCAGUGCCUUAAGAGACUGUGAAGUCUGUGGGCUGGAGCUGUCCAGAAGAACCUUGCUGGAUCAUGCCUACAUAACCUGGACGGAGAUCUUCAUGUUCUUCAUGUGCGCGGUCAUGUGGACGAAGGUGCGCAAGGGACUGACCGUGUACAUCUUUGAGCCCUUUGGACAAUGGUGUUGUAUCCAACCAAAAGAUGUCUCAAAGAUGCCGGAGAGUGCUUGGAAGCUGGUCUUCUACACAAUGUCGUGGUCAUACAGCACCUACCUUUUGUUUUUCACUAGCUAUUCCUUCUUUCAAAACCCCCCAUCUGUGUUUUACGACUGGAAGAGUGGGAUGUCGGUUCCCACUGAUAUCACGAUAGCUUACCUAAUCCAGGGCAGCUUCUAUGGCCACUCCAUAUAUGCCACCAUUUACAUGGACGCCUGGAGGAAGGACUCCCUUGUCAUGGUGGUGCAUCACUUUAUCACUCUGGCCCUGAUCACAUUCUCCUAUGCCUUCAGAUACCACAACAUUGGCAUUCUCGUUCUCUUUCUUCAUGACAUCAAUGACAUUCAGUUGGAAUUCACCAAGAUCAACGUUUACUUCAAGACUCGGGGAGGGAAAGAGUACCUCAUCAAUGAUGUCCUGUCCAACAUGGGGGCUAUUAGUUUUAGCAUCACAUGGUUUUGGUUCCGUUUGUACUGGUUCCCCCUCAAAGUGCUGUGGGCCUCCUGUGUCACCAGCAUCCAGUCGGUUCCCCACAUCCCUUUCUACUUCUUCUUCAACAUACUCCUGUUUGCCCUGCUCCUCAUGAACAUCUACUGGUUCCUGUUCAUUGUGCUGUUUGUGGUGAAGGCCCUGACGGGCCAGAUGACGGAGGUAAAUGACGUCCGGGAGUACGAGGAUGAGGACCUAAAGGAGAAAAAAGACACUAAUGAUCAGAUGUCUACCGAAGGGAAACACGUGCAGAAUGGGAUCAGCAAGAAGAAACAUCUAUAAUGUGUAGGUGCUGCCACCUGCAGGCACUUAAUGAUGACUGCAAGGUACUUAUGUGAACUAGUUUGAUUCUAACCUCAGAACGCCAACGUGUUUGGAUCAUCAUGAGAAAGAAGAAACAAUAUUGACCGUCAUUUGCAUUUUAUCUUGAUAAUUAUAAUUGUAACUGAUAUUAUAAUUGUAAUCAUAGCACUGUGAAUGUUGUUUGUUAUCUGUUUUGUGCAUUGCUUAAUUUGUUUUAAGUUAAAUGAGUGACCUGAAAUUAUGGUGGGAGUGAGAAACAAUCCAAUGCAUUUUAGAGAACAGCGGAAACCAUGAUAACCAGGUUUUUUGGUCAUCAUCUGGGACCAGUUUGUUUUAGAUUUAGACCACUGUUUUUUGCUGUUCUGGUGUAUUUUAUAUUCCAUGAGUGAAAGAAUUAAAAAGGGUUCAUACGUAACUUGUGGUAGGCGAGUACUAGUGGAGUGGUUCUCAAAAAGUGGGUUGAAGGUCUAAUCUCAAAAGCAAAGGAAAUGGAAAUGUUACAAGUUUAUAAUUAAAAUAAGUUAAAUGCAAAGGAUAUAACACAAUUAAUUAUGUAAUAACACACAGUUAAUGCAGUUUAUGAAACAAACUUUUACCAUAUCUUUUGUUGUCUGUAUCCAAGAGCAGGUUGUGCAUCAAAUCACAUCCAAUGAUAUUUCAGCAGAAAUUCAUGUAUAUUAUUAGUAGACAUUGAAAUUAUUAGUAGUCUCUUGAAAACCAUGAAUACAAUCUUGCAUGGUAAAAACUAAAAAACAAACAUUCAGAAUACAAUAUAGGUAUACAAGUAUAAACAGUUUGAUAGAUAUUGUGCACACUGCAUAUUAAAAAAAGUAAUCAAAACGAAGUGACUUUAUGCUUUAAAGCCAAAUAAAACUUGUCCCUUUGAAAUAAGUUUAUUUUUCUAAACUUCUUGGCUGAUAUUUUAUCUUGUCUGAAGUAAAAACUACAAUUUUCAGAAAACAAGACUACAUAUUUUGUCAUUUACUGUACCAUUAUUCAAUAAGGUAUUUAGACAUACUUGAAAACAAGAAAACUUAUCCAUCACUUUUGCAGUGUGGCCUUAAGAAGUUAAUUGUAAUAUUAAUACAUUUAAAGUUUAAUCAAUUGACAAAAACGAUAUAAAAUCAGUAUCCUGAAGAAAAACCAGUUGAGAACCACUGUACUAGUUAAAGUCUAACACCCUAUGCAGGGUUACAACAGCAGAUUAGCCUGAUCUGCAUAUCAAAAUAAAUCCCAUUUGUACAGUAUUACCGUUUUUGAAUGAACAAGAGAAUCGCUUUCAAUGUUUUGAUUACAAAAUACUGCUUGCAUCCCAUUCAUAGAUUCCCGCCCCCCACCCCAGCAACCGUUGCUGUAAUGGCGCGAUCUAAGCUAGCUUCUGAUUGGCUUAACACUUUACACUCAGAUGCUAUAUCGUGUUUGUUUCGCUAAAAUAAGGAUCAAAACUUAACAGAAGUUGAUCGUGGAUGCUUAUUCAGUCCGACAUGUUUUACUCUACUCAAAUUAAUCGAAGUAUUUAUGCGGAUGUUGUAUUCAGGAACGCAUGAUAUCUGAGAAUAUGCUUUAUGAAGAAAUUAUAUGUCGUGACACUGAUAUCUCCAGAACUAACAUAAUACUUGAAAAGAUGAUUUGCCUUCUGUAUCAAAAGUUCCCUUUUGGACGAAGCUUCGCACACAAACAGACGUCGCUGUAGUCAUGUCUUCCGCUCCUGUUGCUACUUUUAGAUGCUUUGUUUUAGCG